GCAGCAAGGCAGGGUAGGUGGCAAGCAGUUUGGUACUGGGCGUCCCCAUUUGCCACGCUAUUUUGCUAUGCAGUAGCUCCAGAAAGCACAAAUGCACUGAUAUGUGUGUGAUAAAGUGAAGAAAAACAAAACUGUUCAGCAGGACGCUGUUCUGCAAAAUACAAUAGUCUUGUGAUCGAAUUAUAGAGUAAGCGGAAGUGAGGUCAGGGAGGCAGGCAGUCUGUCUCCUCCAUGUUAUUGUUAUUGUGGUUGUGUGAUGAUAGUAUAGACGGGAGACCAGAGACCCUCCUGGUCUGAAGAGCAGCCUGGGACUAUUGUGUACGGGAGACACGCACAAUCUGCCAGUACCGUGUGCGUAAUAAUUCUGUAAACUACAGAGUAGGUGCCACUAGUCAGCGAGAUAAGUAGAGUUGUAAUUGUGCUAGUGUUAAAAUAAUAUUUGCCUGCUGCUGCUGACAUGAACGGCAUCAGCAAGGGCAGGUUUGAGGUUUUCUCAAACAACGACGAGGCACCUAUUAACAAGAAACUUCCAAAAGAACUCCUACUUAGAAUAUUUUCCUAUCUGGAUGUGGUUACCUUGUGCCGAUGUGCUCAGGUGUCUAAGGCAUGGAAUGUCUUAGCAUUGGAUGGAAGUAACUGGCAAAAAAUAGACUUGUUUAACUUUCAGACAGAUAUAGAGGGUCGCGUGGUGGAGAACAUCUCAAAGCGUUGUGGAGGGUUCCUGCGGCAGCUGAGUCUCAGGGGGUGUCUCAGUGUGGGGGAUGCAGCGAUGAGGACAUUUGCACAGAACUGUAGAAACAUUGAAAAUUUGAUCCUCAAUGGUUGCACAAAAAUCACUGACAGCACGUGUAUUAGCCUUAGCAAAUUCUGUCCCAAACUGAAAUUUCUGGACUUAACAUCCUGUGUAUCUCUAACUAACAACGCUUUAAAGGCUGUAAGUGAGGGCUGCAGAAAUCUGGAGCAUCUGAACAUUUCUUGGUGUGAUCAAAUGACUAAGGAUGGUAUUGAAGCUCUGGUGAGAGGAUGUGGCGGUCUCAGGGCUUUAUUUCUUAGAGGCUGCACACAGCUCGAUGAUGAAGCACUGAAGCAUCUUCACAAGUAUUGUCCAGAACUCAUGACGAUCAACAUGCAGUCUUGUACACUGGUCUCAGAUGAAGGAUUAGUAAGUUUAUCCAGAGGAUGCCAUAAACUUGAAAUUCUGUGUCUCUCCGGGUGUUCAAACAUUACUGACGCUUCCCUGACAGCCCUUGGGUUCAACUGCCCCAGACUCAAAAUUCUUGAGGCUGCAAGAUGUUCCCAUUUGACAGACGCUGGUUUCACAGUUUUAGCCAGGAAUUGUCAUGAACUGGAGAAGAUGGAUUUAGAAGAAUGUAUUCUGGUCACUGAUAACACUCUUGUCCAGCUCUCUAUUCACUGUCCCAGGCUUCAGGCUCUGAGUUUAUCUCACUGCGAGCUCAUCACAGACGACGGGAUCCGUCACCUCAGUAACAGCGCCUGCGGACACGAGCGGCUGCAGGUGGUGGAGCUGGACAACUGUCCCCUGAUCACUGACCUCACCCUGGAGCACCUGAAGAGCUGCCACAAUCUGGAGAGGAUUGAGCUGUAUGACUGCCAGCAGGUCACCCGCGCGGGAAUCAAGAGGAUCCGGGCACACCUGCCGGAGAUUAAGGUUCACGCCUACUUUGCCCCUGUCACCCCCCCUCCCUCGGUGGGUGGCAGCGGCCAGCGCCUCUGUAGAUGCUGCAUCAUUCUUUGACAGUGGACUCCCUGGAGCAGAUCUGUGUAACAUAUACUGUUAGUGUGAAUGAUGAUCAUUAUAAUGCUGGUGAUAAUCUGAAGGCUGCCAGACCUGGGGGGGAAGGGAGGAGGCGGAGAAAGCCCUUGCAGAGGUUUCGCAUUGAGUCCUGGACCCUCUUGAGGUCACUACGGUGUGCUACAUGUGGAAGGGGGGUGGGGUGGGGGGAGAGGCGUGGGGAAGACCAUAGCAGAUGGAGAAAACAAAAAAGCAAUUUUUCAUGGUUUAUCGGCCUCUUCCAUUUCAAUAAGUCUGUACUUAACUUAAGUCCAAGUACCCCUUUGUGUUAUUGUGUCCCUUAAGGUAAUGUGGUACUAUUGGCAGCAGCACAGCACUGAACAGGACGUUUGUAAUGUGGUGUACGAAACGUUUUACGUGUGUUGGUUAAAGACAGGUGGGAUGGAUCGAGAUUUCUGAGAGCAAGGCUAAAGUAACAGCUCAACAUGCGUUAUAACACAACAUGUGUUUUCAACUAACACCUGGAAUAGAGCUUAAGUGGAAUAUUCAUAUUUUGUUAUUAUUCAGGUCUGAACUGUUCCCAUUUGACAUUAUUAGAGGUGAAUGUCAGCCAAAUAUGUGUUUUUUGGGGGGUUUUUUUUGUUUUUUUAACCCCAAUGUAAAGCAGAGCUCAUCCCACAGAUAAACUGACAGAUAUUACAAUAAAAAUAUAACUUGUUUUAAAUAUAAAAAUGUCAACUUGCCUGCAACUAUUAGGAUAUUUAAACAAACAUAUUUUAAAAUGUACUCAUGGCACUACAGUAUAUUAAUAUUUUAAUAGUUUAUAUACACUUUAAUGACAAUGAACAACAAUGCUCCUUUUAACAGCCCUAGAUUUGGGCUUUAGCUGUACCCUAUACAGAAAUAUUAUUUCCAGACCUUAAUUAAGCAAUUAAGUAACCUUUCCACAAAACUGGACACAUUUUACAACAUUACUCUGUAGGAAAUACCAAGGGAAUACUGACAAGUUUCACAGUGUUUUUAAAAAACUGUUCAAGUAUGUAAAGAAGUCGCUAUUAAGUAAACAGCGUUGUGCAUUACUGCGAUAAAAUACUCUUCUGCACCCAACAAGAAAAUCGCUUUUUAAAAAUAAUUAUCAAUUCUUUCUGAAUCUGGAACCAAUCUGCUUCUUAAAUAAUUGCUUACAUUAAACUGGAGUUACGAUUUUUGCUCCUGUGUUUCGUCACUAGUAGUGCAAGGCCAGCCUUGCUGUUUUUGUUUCCAAAGAUGUUGGGUUUUCAUUUUGAACUUCAGAUGUUACAAAGCCAGUUGGGUUUAGAAGAGCAGGAAUCGCGAGUGUGUUCCCCUGUUGGACUCCUGAAUUAUUACAUGUGUUACUGCUAUGCAGUCUGAUGCUAUAGUUGGAGAAUAUAAAAAACAAACAAAACAAAAAAAAAAAAACACAGUACUUGUUUUUUUUCUGCAGUUCAUGAAAACAGAUAGCUUAAUAAACUUUAAAAACAUGACUCCAUUGAAAUGCAAAAGUGACAAUGCAAUGCAUAAUUGAAUUGCUCUUGUUCUAAGAUGUGGCAUGUUCUUAAGAAAGUCAAAUCUUAUAACUAGCUGAUUUUAUCAACAAUAAUGUACGGUAAUGGCAGUUAAAGGCUGUGGCCCCUUGCAUUAUUUUGGGUGUAACCAGACAACUUGUGUGAUCAUAUCAGCUUAAGAAAUCUCUGUUUGUUAGCAAAGCACUGUUGUUUUGUUUUCCUGUUUCAUUUGUACAAGUUGCUAAACUCUUAGGGAGAUAGCACUUGGCGAAAAAUGUAUGCCAACAUUACUGAUGCUUACAGAGUGUUAACACUGAGUGCAUUUUGAUCCUUUUCAUUGAUACAAGUGCUCUCCCUAGGAAAGUGAUUUAACAUAACUUUUUUAUGUUAAAAAUAAUGUAAUCGAUAGUCAAAUUGCUCUGGCUGUUACUAUAAUAGAAAGUUUACUGAAUAAAUAUUGUUAUCAUAAACAAUGUGUUUUUUAUUUAUCUUUUGAAUAGAAUUUGAAAGGGUUUCCCAAGGUUAAUGAAGGGUUGAGCAGAAUAUUUGUCACCCAUACUUUAGUGUAGACAGGAUGCCGCCCCCUGACCCCUCCCCACCUCCU